AUGUCUGCAACGUCGACACUGCCUACAGCCCUCACGCCGGAAAAUGUCCCUCUGCGCAGCGGCCCUCCCACGCGCGAGGAGCUGCUCGUGUAUUACCCGGCGAAAUUCACCUGGGAGCAGCUCAAGACCUUCAUCAACUCUGGGGAUCUGGGCCUGCUCAAGAGGGACAAGAAGCUACAGCAGAGGUAUGAUCAGUGGUCGGCAGGGAUUAGGAAGCAGUAUGGCAGUAUGGUGAACUAUCUGCUCACACAUCGCCUGCAAUGGGGAAAGCGCGAUUCGCUUUCCAUGCUACACUCUCAGCUCGAUAAUGCGGAGCCUCAUAGCAACGGUAUACCUAGUAUGAACGGCACUACAGCAGCAGAGAAUUUGGAGACCGCACCAGGGGAGCUCCCGCUCAUCCCAGCGGGAGCACCGUCCUACUUCACGGCAGACACACCCCAAGGGCUGAUCAGCAUUAUCAUGAACGACUGGCCGUACUCCGUCCCGCCUGAGAUCGAGCACACGCUCGUCUGGACGCGCCUGCCCAUUCUUCCGCCUGCGCUUCCACCGUCGAUCGAGAAGCGUCUGCUCCAAGACGGCCUUUGGGGCUUCACAGGCUCGCUCACUCCGCCACCGUCACCCGAUCGGAUUCCGGAGUACCUCCCGGCGCUGGCGGAAUGGGGCGUGACUCUAGACAGCCUCGUGCGCUCACCGCCCGGGACGGAGGAAGAGGAGACGCUCGUGAAGAAGAUGGGCGAGCAUGUCGACAAGUUUGUGAAGAUGCGGUGGAAGGAGAGUGAAUGGGAGACGGCAUGGUUCGUAAACCCUCCGCGACUUCAAAGUGUGCCCGGUCUGGCCCAUAUACACGUCUUUGCGCGUUACAAGUCACGAGAAGAGACCCAGGAGUGGAUCGCUGCAAGGAAGUAG